AUGCUUAAAAAUAAUAGAUGGUCUAUUUCAAAAGAAGAAAUAAAAUUUGAAAAAAUAUAUGAGUUAAUGAAUGAAAAGGAUAAACAAUCAAUAAUAAUUAUAGAAGAAAAAAUAAUUAAUUUUCUUUUAUGCUAUUAUAAAAAUUGUGAAGAAUUUACUUUAAAAGAAAUAAAAGAUUUAAAUAAUUUUUUAGGCUUAAUAAUAAAAAAGUUCAUAGAAGAAAAAAAAAUUUCCUUUAUAAAUAUUUUGUUGGUACAUUUUCAAAACAUACCUAGCUCAUUUAUAAAUAUAAAAUUAAAAGACAAUAUAUUUUAUGUAGAAGAAAUAAAAAAAUUUUUUAUAUCAAUAUUGGAAUUGUGUUCAUAUUUAAAGAAGUGUAAAAAUGAUGAUUUAGAAAAAAUCAAUUCUUUAAUUAUAUCAAUAAUAAAUUUUUUAAAUUUAUUCAUAAUAAAUACAUUAAAAUUAAUGGAAUGGAAAUUUUAUGAAAAUUUUUAUACAAAAAUAAUAAUAGAUAGUAGAAUUUUAGAAAUAUUUACUAAUUUAUAUUUUGAUUAUGAAUUUGAAAAAGAAAAAAUCAUCUAUAGUUUAUUUUUAAUAACUGAGUUUAAAGAAUUUGAUGAAGAAAUAUAUAAAUGUGGUAUGCUAAAAUUAUUUAUCAAAUUACUCUCCAGUAAUACAUAUAUCAAUUAUUUAAUGAUACAAAUAAUUAUAAAUGCUGUUGAGAGAAAUAUAAAAAUCAUUAAACUUUUGAUAAAUGAUAAAAUGAAAGUUAUUAACAACAUUUUAGAAAACAUAUAUACAAGAAUAAAAAGAGAAUUAUAUGAUUUUACUUGUAUAAACUUAUUAAAAUUAUUUUCAUAUAUUAUAGAAGGAAAUUGCAUUGAUUUUCUAAUUUUUUUUAAUAAAAAUUUAGGUAUUAGUGAAGUUAAUUUUCUUAAUAAAUUAAAUCAGAUAAUAGAAUAUCUCAGAAGUUUAAUUAACAUUCAUAGUGUAAUGAAUAUUUUAAAAGAAAAAAAUGAAUUAUUUUACGAUUUUCUUUGUAUUUUAUUUUGUGUUUUAAGAAAUUUAAUAGAAUUAAUAACUAACCCCAAUAACAAAAUAAUUUUUAAAUAUGUUAAUAAAAAUUUAAUUGAAAAUAAAAAAAAUGAAAUUAAUGCAGAGGAAGACAAAAAGAUGUUACAUUUAUUAUGUUUUGAUAUCAUUAAUAGUAUGAAUAGAAAUUCCUUGAAUAACAUAGUGGAUUACACGAUACUCUUUGAAAAAAUAAUAAAAGAAACACAUAAAAUGAAUGAUAAAAAUAUUCAUAAUAAUUAUCUAUAUGUAAAAUAUUUCGAAUCUUUAUUUUACAUUAGUUUUAAUAAUGAAAUUGUAUCUAAAGAAACAUUAAAAGAAAGUUUUAUUAUAAAUAUAGAAAAUAAUUUUUAUAAAAUAAAUAAGAAUAUCGAAUGUGAAAAUGUACAAAUGAGAGAAGUAUAUAAUUUAUUAAAACUAUAUUAUUUUGGAAUUAUAAAUAUUUUUGUAAAAAAUAACUUAAAAUCAGAAAUUAUUCUACCUUUUAUUAAUUAUAUUAUUUCAGAAGAACUAAAGAGAAAAAUUUUUCUAUUGCAAAAUGAGUUAUAUUAUAUGGUUUUUUUACAAUUUUUAAAUAUGAUUAUAAUAAAUAAUUUAUAUGAAUUUAGAAAAUUUAUUGAAAAUAAUUUAUUGGAAGACUUGCUAAAAAUAUUUAAAAAGAGCAGUUUCCAUUUUAAAAAUAUGAUAUUAAAAAUUUUAUUGCAAUGGAUAGAAAAAAAAGUCAUUUUAGAAGAAAUAACAAAUUAUAUAAAGAAAAAUAAAAUGAUAUUUCACAUUUUAUUGGAGUUUUGGAAAGAAAUACAAAAUAGGAUUAAUGAAAUUAUAAAUCCAAAUUUAGAAGUCAAUAAAUUUAAUGAUAUUAGAUUCAUAAUACAUUAUAUACUUAAAAGACUUACAAAUAAUUUUACAAUAAAUCUAAAUUAUUUUUUAAAAAAUGGAGAAUUUUCAUAUGAUUUCAGAUGCAUAAUGAUUUUUGAAGAAAAAUCUGUGCUAGAUAUAUAUAACUCAAUAAAGGAGCAAAUUUUAACUAAAGAGUUAUUUAUUUUGGAAAGUGAUAUACUCAUUUUGGAUGAUAAAAUUAAAAAAUGUAGAGAAAAAAUAGAAAAAAUUGAAAACAAUUUUCAUAUUAUAUUAGAUUUAAAUAAGAAAAAAAAUAGAAAUGAUUUAGAAAAUUUUUAUAGUUACAUAAGAAAACAACAUAAACAAGUUUAA